UUUGAUAUGUGCGAUCGAGAAGUGAUUGACUAGCAAGUUAGCAACGUUUCUGUUAUUGUUUGCACUUUCAUAUUCCUGUUAUUCCAUGGUCCAGUUACUUAGAAAUAUUGCUUAUUAUAUUUAUAUAAGAAUGAAACUGUGAAGUGCACUAUAUUGCUUGGGUGAUAUAUGAGAUUUCUCUUAAAAUGGCUACCGUAUUCGAUAGUCCAUUUAUCAGACAACGUUUACAUCGGUUACGGCAUAGAGACUUCGAUUUAGAUGAAGAGCAGAGGUUCGGCAGAUGCGACUGCACCAGUUAUUCGUAUUUCGUGCUUUCUAUGGUCCUUUUUUCUGUCGGAACAGUUAUAACAGUCCUUGCCUUGGGAGACGCCGAUGGUUACAUCUUGAGUAACUUAGGACACAUGUGGCUAGUGGGACCAAUAUUUAUAUGUUCUGGAAUGAUGGUAGCCGUGAAGAGUAUGUUAUAUCUGAGGAGAAAAAGUGUAAUACAAAUGCUGCUUCACCAACGUGCAAUCAUUAGGGACAUGGCAGCCGUUCAAGCUGAACAAUCGUACAGCGGUCAGGUCCCUAGAACAGCAUCCAGCGCCACCCUACCUCCGUCCUACGACGCCUUAAUAUCAAGCACUGCUCCGAGUAAACCGCAACCAUCGAGCUCUGAACCUCCUCCGCCUACUUAUGACGAAGCAAUGUGUCUCAUUGAUGAUGGGAAAAUAGCGGAACGAAAUGAUGAAGCUAAGGAGGAGACUAGCAAUCAAACUAAUGACAGCGCCAAACCAUGAGGCAGGCUUGCAUUUGUAAUAUUUCUUACUUCUAGCAGAGACUAGUUAGCUAAUGACUGCUUUUUCCAUACAUUUUCCAUUACCCUUAAUUUUACAGUGUUAAAGGACCCUCUUAUUGCAUUAUAUCUAAGAUUCGUUCUUUUUGAUUCUUAAGGUUUACAUUUGUUAACUUGACUUAUUUGUGCAAAAUUAAGGUUUAAUUUCUCACUGAACUUUCUGCAUGCUGCAUCCAUACUGCAGUUAAUGCGGAGCAUUACUGUAUGAUAUGGUAACAUUCAGGUAACAUAAUACCUAGUUACUUGCUGUUGCACAGUGUUGCUCCAAAUGUUAACUGCAGUAUGGCUCCGCCUUUAGUCUAACAUCACUGAAGUAUUGUAUUUUGUCUGGAAAUCAGUUGUCUUUACUAUAUACAUCUCUGCAUCUAGUUGUUUAAGGUUAACUUAAUCUCCUUGUAUGUACUUAUUUACAUGCAUGUAUAUACAUUGGUUAAUUAGUAUUCUCUAUUGUGCCUAAUAUUGAAUUACCUAGUGGUACUGCUAACUUUUAUACAGUGACGAAAAUUUAUAGAAAUAUUGUAUUUAAUUGGGAAUAAGUUUGCAUAAAUAUAGAAGUCUAUUUUGCAAGUUCAUGUGAAAUGACUUGUUGAAGUGUAGUCUUGGCCUAGUAUUUAACCCUUUACCAGGCUGACAGUUUAAAAAAAGGCAAUUGAAUGCCAGUCUUACUCAUCGAAAAUAGACCACAUGUUUGAAGUGCCGUAUGUGGGAAAUAUAUAUCCCUUAGCCUGGUAAAGAGUUAAAGGCUGAUGGGCUAAACUUCUUUCUUGUAGACUACAAAGUCUAUAUAUAUCUUAGAAGACAGAAAUUUAGCCUUCACCUUUGAGUUUGAAAUGGGUAGGAUAAAUUAAAAAUCCGGAAAUAUAAUGUGCGAUGUUUUGGCUGGCAUAAAUCAUAAAUUUAUAGGCUUUUAACAAUUGAAUUUCUCUAACAUGGAAUGUUAUUAACUUACGUAUAAGUUACGUUAGAUGAACUUGCAAAAUAGGUCAUUGCCAACAAUGCCAUAUGUUUACUUUAAUCUUAUCUCUAUGCCUGCAACAUACUUGGCUGUUGUUUGCAAAUAUGGUUGACAGUUUCAUUUGCGAUAUUAAAGAAAGAGAUGCAAGAUUAAGUAUUAAAUGCAAUAUUUAUGACCCAAUGAUCAAAUGUAAGAACAUUUUCUUCCAGUGUGGAUGGGACGUUAUUUGUUAAACUUUGUCAUAGGUUCCCAAAUUAGCAACAUGGUGUAUUCCCAUUUUUUCCUGCCCCAUGGGAUGAGAAGUAUGAGGUGGGGACAGUUGAGAAUUUACUUGCAUCUUUAUUACUAAAGUGUGUUUUUUAUUCAAUUAAACUAUUUAGUAUUAUUUACUAUUUACAUUUAAUACAUAUUUUAAACCUUUUUAAGGCAUAAGGGUAUCAGAAAGUAUGCAUCACUUUGAGACAGUUCAAAUUCAUGUGGGAAAUAUAUUCCCUCUGCUUUAUGAAGGCUUAAACAGUUUAACUGAAUUAAAAACAUCCAUUUGGUGAUACAGAUCUAGCUAAGGCAUGAAAAAAUAUGAUUGUGCACUCCCAUUUUGUUUCCAAUGGGGUUGGAUGGGAAUAUUUUUUUCUCAGUUCAAGUCUUGUGGCUAAUUGGCCAUGGGAAUAGAGACAAGUGGGAAUAAUUACACCACAAAGAUGACAUUUCCCUUUUUGAUCUGUGUGAUAUGAUUCAGGAAAUGAGAUCUUUGAAGACUGAUGCAUUUACAUAAUGACUUUUGCCGAUUUUACUGAACAACACAUUGAUUGGAUAUUACUUUAGAUUGUUGAUCUGAGAUCAUGAUAUUAUGUAUACAGAGUGGACUGGAAUAACCUGACAUAUUUUAGCAGUCUAUUUUUGACUACCUAUCUUAAACCAAUGCCAUUACAAAUAUCUAUAAAACUUCAAACCUAGUUCAGUCAAAAUUAAAUUACGUAUUCUAUUAUUUAUACCAUUUUAUUAGAUACAAACAGACAAAACAAUUUUACUAAAGGAAGUAAAAAAAAUGUGUUAUGUUUGAAAAAAAAAACAGAUUUGGUUCAUUUUUUUUACACUACACUUUUAUAUUUAGGAAUUUUUAUGUUAUGUCUACUAUCAGGAUCUAAAGAGCUCGUGAUUCUGAGUAGAAAUAUUACAAACAUUCUAAAAUCUGAAAGAAAGUGUAGUGUACAACUUGAAAUAAAAUGGCCUAAAUAACACAAAUAUCAUUGACCGUCUGUUUUUUGUUAUUAAUGUUAUCAUCAUUGUAUUAUACUGAUUAUCAUUGUGACGUCAUUAUUCUUGUCACUAUUAUCUUGAUAAUGAUUUAUUUCGCUGGAUUUAUUUUAUUGUUGAAAUGUUGACCAUCUCUUAGGAGUGAAUUUUGAUACUGGUAAUGAUAACUGUAAUUUUUUUUUACAUUUUGUGACGAGAUUGACGUUUUUAACUUUAAACGCUAAGCCAAUUUUUGACUUCAUUAAUCUCAGGAAUUAUUAUCUGUGGGUUAUUCCUGUUCAUAGUGUAUAAUAUAAAUAAAAUGUAUGUAUAAAAUUGAUAUUUUUAAGCUUAAUAUUUCCUUUAAUAUAGGAUUACUUAUUGCUAUCAGGGUUUUUCCUACCUUUGUUAAAAAAAAUCCAUUGUAAAAUUGAAGUACUUAAACAUUAAGCAACAAAAAACUUUGCCUAUUAUGUGCCUAAAUUUAUAUUUAAAAUUAGUGUCAUUGUUAAGGCAUUAUCAUUGGUGGUAAGAAUUAGAUAAUAGCUGAAUUUUGACUCGUAUAAUAGAAUUACAUUAUUCUAGGAGGGGAAAGUUGGUUUUAUGGGCUUCAAAACGAGUUUAGCAAUAUCUAUUCUAAAGCUCUAGCUGGCUGCAAUCCUUUGUCAUUGUAAAGUCAAGGUAUUAAAUAUAGACAAAAAUAUGUGUGCAUUACCUUAAUAUAUGGGCAAUAAUAAUGGUUCGUGUACUCGUGUAUAUAUAUUUUUGGCACUUUAUCCGUGUAGAUAUUGAAUAUCUUGACUGAACAGUCGCCAACACGAGUGUCUUUACUAAACAGAGUGCUCAAAAAUAUCUGAAUAUGAUACAUCUUUUUUACAGUCUAGUUCAGAUAUUUCAGAGAACCUUGUUUGCUCAAAUUUUAUUGUCAUUAUCAAAAUGGUGCCUUGAUAAUAUAAUUUUGUACUUAUCUCUGAAAGUUUUCAAUGUUUAGGGCCACCUCACACUAGCGUCUCCCGAGCGUCGACGUCUGUUCAAAUCUAUGGCUGCUGCUCGACGCAACGUUGGCGCAACUGCGCAGUAACGUCAUUUUCAAUAGCGCUAAUUAGACGCGGACGCUUAAAAGACGCUAGUGUGGGGGUGGGGUGGCCCUUAAAACUAUAUAGGCAAGGAAAUUAAUCUCUUGUUGCGUGUCUAGUCGAGCCAGCAAAACUUAAUGCAUCAAAACAAGGAGAAAUAGUAUGAUCUCUCCAGGACUAUGUAUUACACAAAAAAUAUACACAUUUUUCAUGGGUU